AUGCGAUACUACUUUUACCACGCCUUGUCGUGGCCCCAGCUGUCGUACGUCGCGGAAGACGAAAAGGGGAAGAUUGUGGGGUACAUCCUCGGCAAGAUGGACGAGGAUCCGGCCGACGGCAUCCCAAACGGCCACGUUACCAGCAUCUCGGUACUCCGGUCACACCGCCGCCUGGGGCUGGCGAAUAAGCUCAUGACAUUGAGCCAAACCGCGAUGCGCGACACGUUCAACGCGCAAUAUGUCUCGCUGCAUGUGCGCGAGACGAACCGUGCGGCGAUUGCUUUGUACCACGAGACGCUCGGAUUCCAGAUCCACGGCGUGGAGCACAAAUACUACGCCGACGGCGAAAACGCGCUGGCGAUGCGUCUGCAACUACAGGAGACUGCUUAA